GUAAAUUUUAUGCAAAUCGAAUUGAAUUCAGUUUUUUAACGGUUUUUAUUUAAUUUGUUACUUUGCAUUGUGACGUAUUUUAUUUGGAUGCAAUUUUCACCAAAUUUUGGAGCUGGCGUUCAAGGUUUUCUUACAAGUGCCGACACCUAUAAAAUCCUGGAAGGAGCAACGUCGAUGGAAUACACAAGUAGCCAAUUACCGAAUCAGAUGUAGAGGUAGUUGAAGAGGAAGACUUUGAUCGAAAAUAAAUGGAAUGAGGAGACGUGUGGUUCUGCCAAGGUCGUCCUUGUUUUUCCUUUGUCACAAGGAUUUCAUCUCCCAACAUACAUUUCCUUCUUACUUUUGCAAAAAUAUUCGACAAAUCUUCAACUUUAUUUUUGGCUACCGGAAGCGCUGUAUUACACAAGGCGUAUACUUUGCAGAAAAUGGAAUACGUCAAGUUGCAAAAGCAGACUUGUACAGUAGCAAACUGGACAGCACCUGCUGCUAUAAGCUGCCAUAUGGAUCUACCAAAAAUGGAUGAAAUCAAAGAAAGAAAUGAAAAGAGGCUGUUUGUCGUCGUCUCAACCUUGAAGGCAUUUUCGGAUGCAGCCAUAUCCUUCGACCAUAAUAUAAUAAGGCUUUAUAAAAGCAAGGACGGCGGUACCGUUAAAUUUCAAUCCAUUAUAAACACUAGCCAAAAGAUGAUUCGUUUUGUUUCGAGCAGUUGGUAUUGAUCAGACAACGCUCGUCUUUUUGUUGUUACGAUCAGCCAUCAGGUUGGCUGUGUUGAAGGGGAAUUUCAUUUUACGUGCGUCAAAAGGCGUUGUUUAGAUUGAAUGUCACGUGAUGCCGAGUUUUAACCAAUCACCGGGCAAGCAUCCACUUGCAUUUCCACAUGUGUACAAAACAGAGUUGCCCGGGGCAACGUGGCGCGACAACUCGCCUUUAUUUUUUACUACACUUGCCUAUUUGUUUAUCAGCCACUCUGCGAACAAGGCUGCUUCGUUUGCGACGUAUCUCUGCCGUGCCGUGUCGUAUUUUCCAUCGGUUUUCAGUCGAUUUUCGUCGACAUGUGUGCUGGUGACGACGGCUGGUGCCACUUGUUCAUGUUGUGAACCUCCACUUUCCUCCGGGCACUGGGUGAAGGUCUCACCGCCGUGAAAGUGUCUCCGCUUCAUCAUAUACAGCAGCCAUGUACAAACUAUUCAACAGAGGUGCUGUGGAAACACCCAAAACUCUUCCACCACCCAAGGUUGCUGCUGUAGUCAACGUGGAGGAAGAGCCACCUGCGCAGCUGAUCUUGCUGCCUUGCCCAAUCUGCUUCCGAACAUUCAAAGUAGAAUCACUGGAACGACACAAGAAUGUCUGCCAAAAAGUAGCCACCAAGAAGCGGAAGGUGUUUGAUUCUGCCAAACAGAGACUGGAAGAUUUGCCAGAUGUGCCCAAAGUCAGCUUGUCACCACAGCAACAGCAACAAAAGGUUCUGUCAUCCCCUCUGGUCAGAAGGUCGAUGUUGGAUACAUCAACUUUAAGCAAAAAAGUCCCUCCCUGGAAGGAAAAACAUCUCAGUCUGAUUAAAACUGUGCGACAAGCGAGGGGUGCCGACUCAAAUCGAUGCCCUUGCUGCGAAAGGAAUUUCGGCGAUAAGGCAUUCGAUAGGCAUGUGGAGUGGUGCAGGGAACAGCAGUCACGGAUCCCAAAAUCUCCAACAAACACAGAAGCCAAAGAACGAUGGGAAGCGCGUACUAAAUACCAAGCCCCGCUAUUACGUCGUUCGAUUCGCUCCAAGUAUUCACCUACCAGGAGCUUGUUUAGCACGUCGGGCAGUCCUGCUCCAUCAGUUGAUGGUCGACUGACAGCCCCAGACAGCGCCCAAAGUUUGAGCGGCAGUCGGGCGUCAUUGGAUUCGCGAGCUUCGUCUACGUAUUCGUACCAACCGACCAGCACGUUCAGUCGCAGUUACAAUAACUAUAACAAUUACAGCAACAACAAUAAUAACAAUAACAAUAAUAGUAUCAGCAGCCAGAAGAAAAAUUUGUACAAUAGCAAUACGUUGGGUCGGGCCAGCGGAAGUGCUUUUUUGCGCCAUACCAACGACCGUCGCUCGCUUCGCGUCUCGCCUCCAUCUCCGCCACCCAUUCGUCGCGUUGUCGAAUCGCCGCCCGUCCGGCGUGUCGUCGAUCCGCCGUUGGCAGUCACUUUGACCCCUCUCAACAAUAACAGGACGUCAGCGCUGAGGGCUAGUCUGCGAAUGAAGAAUCCGUUUACGUCUAUGGCCAGUUCUUUUCAAUCCAAUCCCACUCCAGCGAAACCGACAGUAGCACGACAGCCGACUCUGGUUGUUCCAGCGUCUCCACCGGCAGCCAAUAAACGCCCGACUGUGUUGCAAUUGUUUACGUCAGCAUUCAGCCGACCGAGUCCAGUAGCGCCGGCCAAGAAUCGUGGUAAUGCGACAACUUCGAGUCUCUCUGUUGGACAGUUGGGUCAGGGAAGGCGAUCAGAACCAGAGGGUGUCGAAUCGAAAUUGAUGACUGGCAGCUGUUACAAUUAUUCAGCGCCAAGUAAAAUCAAACCCAGCAGAUCUACUCCUAAUCUUGGGAAGCGUUUGGUGGUUGGAACCUGUCUUCUCCCUAACAAAAUCCGCCCAUUAACUUACACAAAACAAGCGAGAAGGUUCGGGAGUGACAAUUAUAAUCCAUAUUUGUCAGCUGAACGCCAGAUGGCUGAACUCUUUGACGAUCGUCCGAAAAAAGAGCAAUUAACGAAAGAGCACAAAAUGACCGAUGAUUUGACCCCGACCUCCACCAGUAGCAUCAGCAAUACUAGCACGACGACCAAUCAGCCCGAUGAUACGGCCAGUAUGGAGCAGCUGGAACAAGAUUUGAAGAGUAUCCUGUCUGAAAUCAGUCAGCUGGGCCAAACGAGUACCCAUGAAAGGGAGGCCAGCUGGCAGAAUAAAAAAUCAGCUGCCAUGACACCGUCCGUUCGGUUAUCAACUGCCAGCAACAAUCCGUCAACAAUAUCGCCCACUACGACUUCCGUUCCGACAGUGGGGCAAUCAAUGGAGGAGGAGUCGAAACCAGUUCCAAAAUUUUGUCAUUCGUGUGGCGCUUCUUACCCUGAACGUCAUACGGUCAAAUUUUGCUGCCAAUGCGGUGCUCGUCGACUUUAUGUCUUGAAGAAAAAGAAAAAAACAAGAGCCUUUUCAGAGUCCCAUACAUUUCUUAUUUUCUUAUUUAACAACUCUAUCUGUUUUGUUUAUUUUUGCUUUAACCCCAGAUUAUUACUAAUCUGAUUCACGGGGUGAAGGUGCAAAAAGGGGUUGGCCAAUCAACAAAGAGACCACACCCAUUGAUUUUAUCCCUUACGUUUUUUAAGAUUAUUUCUUUUUUUCAUUGUAUUUUUUUACCUUUUUGGUGCUAUUACUGUCCAAUUUGUCAGCGUAUAACUUGUUUCCGUCCCCCGUCAGCAACAGUGCUUCAAUGACAACUGACCAAUCAACGAGUAAAGUUCUUUAUUUUGAAUCUUCGCUUUUGCGUUCCGCAUUUUUUUGUCGAUACAAAGUAAACACAAUACGGCCGAAUGCGUGAAAAUGUGCAACCACCAAAAUGAUGACAAACUGUAACAAACAUUUUCCGCCGUUAGAUGGCAGAGCAACGGUCUUAAUCAAACUUGUGUGUUCUUGUAUUCGUGCGUGCGUGUGUGUGUGUGUGUGUAUAACGGACCAAAUUUUUUGUUCGCCUUUAUUUGUCAUGCUGCCUUCUACCAUUUGUUUCUUUUUGUUAAUCAUUUGAAUAAUGCAAAAAAUCAACUUUUUAUUGGAAAA